GGUUGAUCUGGGUGAAUUGAAGGUUUUGGAAGAGUCUAAGCGAGAUUCUCAGUUGUCAGAAGCUUUGAACCCUUCUUCUAGAUUUUCUGGAAAGUUUCCUCCAUGUGCAAGAAUGACAAAGGGAGCUUCCAUACACCUAGGAGUGACCUUCCUUCCAACCACCAUUGAAGCUUGCUUCCACCUUCAUACUACCUUGAUUUGGUGCUAUAAAUAGAGAGCUCGGAGCUGAGAGUCUUUCUAUCAUCAAGUAAAUUAGAAUAGAUCAUCAUAGUACAACCAAGAAGAGUUGUGAAUAUCCUUGAGAGACAUGUGAGGUGUUGUUUUUGAGAGUUUUUAGUUAGAAGUUGUAUGUCUCUUCUUUCUAUUCUUGAAAGUAAUAGAAGUGUUUUUCUCUCAUAUUAGCACAAUCCUGUUAUUCCCAACAAGUGGUAUCAGAGCCUGGUUGAGCUUUCGAUAUUUUUCCCAGAUUUUUUCAGAUAAAAUUCUACCGUCUGGAAAAUCGAGAUUUUCAGUAUUGCUCGGAAUUGCAAUCUGAAUAUACCGUUGGAUUCGUCUCGUCGAUACGAGAAAACUGGUAUUUUUGGGGAAUUUUUUGGCCACCAGAAGCUGCCGUACGCGCCGCCAAACGCCGACCAAAAACUGCCUGCGUCAUCGCUGACGUCAUCACGCGCAGUCCAGAGUAGAAGACGGCUGACGUCAUCGCUGACGUCAUCAGCCAGUCAGAGCUGCGUCAGCGACACGUCAGCAACACAUGUGCAGUCCCAGAACAAGUGCCUACCCACCAUUUUCGGCCGUUCCGGACGCAACGGUGCUGCCCGUUUUUCGAAAUUUUGCUCCAAUUUUUCUGAAACAGAAAAUUUAAAUUAUUUAAAAGGUGAAAAUGACCUUUGACGAGUCAACUUCAUCUUCCGGAGCUAUGAUUAUGCUCACGGCUACCAACUACACACUAUGGAAAUCUCGGAUGGAAGAUUUCCUUAGCUGUAAAGACCUUUUUGAUCCAAUAGAGAUGAAAGGUAUUAAUCCUGACCCGGCCAACUCAACGGAGUGGAAGAAAAUUAAUAGAAAAACUAUUGGUCAAAUCCGACAAUGGAUUGACCAUAGUGUCUUCCACCAUGUUGCACAAGAGACCGACGCUUAUGCCCUUUGGAAGAAGUUAGAAGAUAUGUACCAGGCCAAGACCGCUAGGAACAAGGCCUUACUGAUGAGGCGUCUUGUGAAUAUGAAGCUCAAAAGUGGAACUUCUGUUGCUGAACAUACUAGUCAAUUUCAGAGUCUGGUAAAUCAACUAUCUUGUGUAGAAAUGCCACUUGGAGAUGAAAUGCAAUCUCUACUACUUCUUAGUUCCCUUCCUGAUAGUUGGCAGACACUAGUUGUUACUCUCAGCAACUCAGCCGCCCCAGAUGACAAACUUACCAUGUCUGUGGUCAAGGAUGCAUUGUUCAAUGAGGAGGCAAGAAGGAAAGACAUGAGCACAUAUGAGACUCAUGCCCUUGUGACAGAGAAUAGAGGAAGAUCACAAGAAAACAACAAAGAAACAGUAGAGGGAAAUGGCAAAGCAGAAGCAAAAGUCGGGGGAGAUCAUUAGAUGGCUGGAAACCUUCUUAUACCUGCCACCAUUGCGGUAUAGAGGGUUACAUGAAGAAGAAUUGCUACAAAUUGCUAGAGGAGCGAGGCAAGAGCAAUUCUCAAGCGAAGAACAAGGGUGGUGAAGCGCUCAUCACAAUCUCAGGUGAUGUGGCGUAUUGUACUAUCAAUGAUGACACAUGCCUUCACGUCUCAAGAGAGGACACUGAAUGGGUGGUAGAUACUGCAGCAUCCUACCAUAUUACUCCCCACAGGUACUACUUCACAACUUACAAAGCUGGAGACUUUGGAGCAGUGAAGAUGGGCAAUUCCAGUUCCUCUGGAAUAGCUGGAAUUGGUGAUGUACAAAUAAAGACAAGUACUGGGAGCACAAUCACUUUGAAGGAUGUCAGACAUGUUCCAGACCUUUGACUCAAUCUCCUGUCAGUGGUAUGUCUUGACGAACAUGGUUAUUAAAACCACUUUAACAGGGGCACCUGGAAAAUGUCAAAGGGCGUUUUGACAAUCGCUCGAGGACAUGUUUCUGGCACAUUGUACAAAACCCAUUUGAGGAUUUGUACGGAUAGCCUCAAUAUUGCUGAGGAGACUUCUCAGAAUAUGUGGCACCUGAGACUCGGCCACAUCGGUGAGAAAGGGUUGACUACCUUGAUGAAGAAGAACCUUAUCAACAUCGACAAGAACGCUGCACUGGCUCCUUGCAGUCAUUGUUUGUUUGGUAAGCAACAUAGAGUAUCAUUUAGUUCUACUUCAACUAAAAGAUCGAAGUUGUUAAGUUUGGUACACUCCGAUGUCUGUGGUCCUUUCGAGGUGGAAUCAAUCGGUGGAAGCAUGUCUGAGCUUAUGCAAAAGGUAACUAAAUCUGAUUACGAUUAUGCAAAAGGUAACUAAAUCUACUACUAUAUUUACGAUUAUGCAAAAGGUAACUAAAUCUGCCAUCCUUCUUUAGUCUCAUGUUGUUGCUUAUUUUCAAAAAAGAAAGAGCUUAUUUGUGUUCUAAUUUCAAAAUAGAAGCUAUGAUAUAAAAAAAAUAGAAGCUAUCACUGCUUAGAGAAAAGCAAUACAAUUGUUUUCCAUCUUUCAGCCUAGAAUUACUUCACAUCUCUACUGUUCAUCACCGACGUCUCCGCUGUCCAUCCUUAAUAGGGAUUUCAAUCCUUUGAUAUGUCUACACACAUGAGAACACAUGAAUACUUUUUGAAUCGCC